GUCAGUUUCAAAGCGAUGCACAGAGACAGCGGGAAGGUGACAACGGUCGUGGCCACACCGGGUCAGGGACCGGACCGCCCACAGGAAGUCUCCUACACUGACAUCAAGGUCAUUGGCAAUGGGUCGUUUGGUGUGGUGUACCAAGCUCGCCUCAUCGACACACAGGAGAUGGUGGCCAUCAAAAAGGUUCUGCAGGAUAAGAGGUUCAAGAAUCGGGAACUACAGAUCAUGAGGAAGUUGGACCACUGCAACAUUGUCCGAUUACGUUAUUUCUUCUACUCUAGUGGCGAGAAGAAGGAUGAAGUGUACCUCAACCUCGUGUUGGACUUUGUCCCCGAGACGGUCUACAGGGUUGCCAGGCAUUUUAACAAGGCCAAGAGCAUUAUUCCUAUCAUAUAUGUGAAGGUGUACAUGUACCAGUUGUUUCGCAGUCUGGCUUAUAUCCAUUCCCAAGGUGUGUGUCACAGAGACAUCAAGCCCCAAAACCUGCUCGUCGACCCAGAAACUGCCGUCCUAAAGCUGUGUGACUUUGGCAGCGCAAAGCAGCUUGUCCGGGGUGAACCAAAUGUGUCGUAUAUCUGCUCACGGUACUACCGCGCCCCGGAGCUGAUUUUUGGCGCCACAGACUACACAGCAAACAUCGACAUCUGGUCAGCUGGCUGCGUACUGGCAGAGCUGCUGCUCGGACAGCCCAUAUUCCCCGGCGACAGUGGAGUGGAUCAGCUAGUGGAGAUUAUCAAAGUAUUAGGAACACCAACAAGGGAACAAAUUCGAGAGAUGAAUCCAAACUACACAGAAUUCAAGUUCCCUCAGAUCAAAGCGCAUCCUUGGACCAAGGUGUUUAAACCUCGCACCCCUCCAGAGGCCAUUGCGCUUUGCUCUCGGCUGCUGGAGUACACGCCAGCCUCGCGCCUCUCCCCGCUA